AUGGAUAUAAACAAUGCUUUUCUACAUGGAGAUCUAAACGAAGAAGUGUAUAUGGUGUUACCCCCCGGAUUUCAAAGUGAAAAGCCUAACCAAGUCUGCAGAUUGCUACGCUCUUUAUAUGGCCUUAAACAGGCAAGCAGACAAUGGAAUGCAAAGUUAAGUACGACAUUGGUUCAUAACGGUUUUAAGCAGUCAAGGCAUGAUUCUUCCUUGUUCACAAAAGGAACUGGUGCGAACUUUAUUGCUUUACUUGUGUACGUUGAUGACAUACUCGUGGCCUGUGCUAACAUGGAACCAAUUCAACAACUAAAGCUAUUUCUAGACAGCACUUUCAAAAUAAAGGAUUUGGGAUCAUUGGGAUACUUUCUGGGAAUUGAAGCUAAGGCAAAAGCAGAUGGCUUGAACAUCUGCCAACGCAAAUAUGCAUUAGACAUACUAAAAGAAGCCGGAUUCCUUGGUUGUAAGCCCGCUAACACACCAAUGGUGCACGGUCUAAAGCUGAGUCAAGGUGAUGGUGUACCUCUUGAUGAUGUCGGCUGCUAUAGAAGAUUGAUAGGGAGAUUAUUGUAUCUCACGGCCACGAGGCCUGAUAUCACUUUUGCCGUUCAACAACUCAGUCAGUUCAUUGAUGCCCCCACAGACAAACACUUAUCUGCUGCUCACCGUGUGCUAAGAUAUAUCAAAAAAUCUCCUGGCCAUGGGAUCUUUUAUCCUGCCAACAUGGAUAUGCAGCUCAAGGUCUUUUCUGAUUUAGAUUGGGCUGCCUGCUUUGAAACACGAAGGUCCAUUACUGGUUACUGCAUAUUCCUAGGUCCUGCACUGAUUUCAUGGCGAUCCAAGAAGCAUGUUACUGUAUCUCGGUCAUCCUCCGAGGCCGAAUACCGUGCGUUGGCUGCUACUGUAUGUGAGGUUCAGUGGCUCACCUAUAUACUCCAUGACUUGCAGGUUGAGCUAAACAGGCCAGCAACAGUCUUCUGCGACAACAAAUCGGCAAUUGCCAUCGCCGAAAAUCACGUCUUCCAUGAGCGCACCAAACAUAUUGACAUUGAUUGUCAUAUCGUUCGAGAAAAACAGAGUCAAGGUUUGAUUAAGCUCUUGUCUGUCUCAUCAUCCAACCAGACUGCCGAUGGAUUCACAAAGCCUCUGCCGGUUGAUCCUAUCUGA